CCAGCAGAGGACCAGCAGCUCCUCCCUCAACAAAGCUUAUGUCAUCCACUCUUUAUAAUCAUCUCUCCAGCAGGUGUCCACAAGCUGCCUGCACUGCUCUGAUCUAAACAUCAGCAGUCCACGCAGAGACACACAUAGGUGUCCAACAGCAUGAAGUACCUGAACAACCGGGCCGACAGCCACCUGACCGGGCAGGUGGAGUUGGAUAAUGUGGGCAACGGAGCCUGGGUGAACCAGGGCUACUGUAGCUCCCCUCCGCCCCUGCCCCGAGCCGUCAGCACCAUCUACAACCCUCAGCCCCUCUUCCAAGGCUCCAUGGACAGCAUGUACAGACUGGACACCCCCGGCCCAUUCCCAGAGGAACCACCAGCCACUGACCAAAGCCCGGUGAAGAAACAAAGAGGUUGCUGCUCUUUUCUCAAAGGCUUGUGGGGCACGACGUUGACUGAAAACACCUCAAACAACAGAGAAUUGUUUGUCCGAACCACGCUACGGGAGUUACUGGUCUAUCUGGUGUUCCUGGUGGAUAUAUGCCUUUUGACAUACGGUAUGACCAGCUCCAGCACCUACUACUACACCAAAGCCAUGACGGACCUGUUUGUGAACACAGCCGGUGACGGUGGGGUUAAGUUUCAGUCUAUUGGCACCAUGGCCGACUUCUGGACUUAUACCCGGGGCCCACUGCUGGACGGCCUCUACUGGACUAAAUGGUACAAUAACCAGUCCCUGGACAGCGGAGACCAGUCCUUCAUCUACUAUGAGAACAUGCUGCUGGGAAUCCCCAGAAUGAGGCAGAUCAAGGUCAUGAACAACUCCUGCAAGGUCCACAACGACUUCGAAGAUGAGAUCACGGGAUGUUUCGACGUUUACAACGAUAAGAAGGAGGAUGACCUGAGCUUCGGUCUCAUCAAUGGCACCGCCUGGACCUACCACACAGAGAAAGAGGUGAAAGGUUCCUCUCACUGGGGCUUGCUGACCACAUACAGUGGAUCGGGAUACUACCAAGACCUGAGUCGCACCAAAGAGGAGAGCGCCAUCAUACUGAAGGAACUGGUGGACAACCUGUGGCUUAACCGAGGCACCAGAGCAGCCUUCAUCGACUUCUCCACUUACAACGCAAACAUCAACAUGUUCUGUGUCAUCAGGUUGGUGGUUGAAUUCCCAGCGACCGGUGGCGCGAUCCCUUCCUACCAGAUAAGAACAGUCAAACUGAUCCGCUACAUCACCUACUGGGAUUUCUUCAUCCUCGGCUGCGAGAUGGUUUUCUGUUUAUUCAUCCUCUAUUACGUUGUGGAGGAGAUUCUUGAGCUGCGAAUACACAAGCUCUCCUAUUUCAAAAGCAUCUGGAACAUACUGGAUAUUGUUGUCAUAAUGCUCGCCAUCGUUGCUAUUGUCUUCAAUAUUUUCCGAACUGUCAAAGUGGACAAGUUGCUUGGCAAACUGCUGGAACAACCUGGUAUCUAUGCUGAUUUUGAAUUUCUGGCGUUCUGGCAAACACAGUACAACAACAUGAACGCAGUGAACUUGUUCUUUGCGUGGAUCAAGGUUUUCAAGUACAUCAGUUUUAACAAGACCAUGACUCAGCUGUCCUCCACUCUGGGUCGAUGUGCUAAAGAUAUCUUGGGCUUCGCCAUCAUGUUCUUCAUCGUGUUCUUCGCCUAUGCUCAACUUGGAUAUUUGCUCUUUGGGACAGAGGUUGAAUCUUUCAGCACCUUCGUCAAGUGCAUCUUCACACAGUUCAGGAUUAUUCUUGGAGACUUUGACUACGACGCCAUUGACCGUGCUAACAGAGUUCUUGGGCCAAUCUACUUUGUCACCUAUGUGUUCUUUGUUUUCUUUGUUCUACUGAACAUGUUUCUGGCCAUCAUAAAUGACACCUAUUCUGAGGUUAAGGAGGAGCUCUCAUCCCAAAAAGAUGAGCUACAGAUUACUGACAUCAUCAAACAGAGCUACAUGAAGACAUUUAUGAAGUUGAAACUUAAAAAGGAGAAAAUAUCAGAUGUUCAGAAGGCGCUACGAUCUGGAUCUGGAGAAAUUGAAUUCAAGGACUUCAGAGAAACUUUGAAAGAGAUGGGACAUGCUGAUCAUGAAAUUUCUGCAGCCUUCUCACGGUUUGACCAUGACGGGAACCAAAUUCUAGACGAAGACGAACAAGAGAGGAUGAAAAUCGAGCUGGAGGAAAAGAGGGAUGCCCUUUGCGCUGAACUCAACAAUCUUGGAAUGAAUUAUGGGAAAGAAUUAGUGGAGAAGCCUCCCGUAACAUCCAGUGAGCAGAAGAACCACUCCAGUCAGACCUUUGUGGAUCGGGAACAGUUUCUAAGACUGUCCAGACAGGUUCUCCAGCUUGAAAGCUCUGUGGCAGGCAUCACAUCCAGUAUUGAGUUGAUUAUGGAGAAACUGGGAUUACAAGAGAAAGCUAAAGGGAACGAAAUGGCAAGGAAACUGACUGUCACCAAUAAUGAUAGUGAUGACUCUGCCUCAGAUGGGAGUGUCCUGGUUUGUGUGGACAGAGGGACGAAGGCUGAGAUGGCAUCAAGGAGACCAGCAGUUCGCACCAACUCCACGUACGACUGCCAUAUGUGAUUUACCUCUGAGGAACAGAAUCACGGGUUAUCUGGAAGUCAGCGGACACACGAGGAUGAACGGGUCACACGCCAACAAUGUUUUGUGCUUCACAACUUUCCAAAGUUCAAUGACAGGAUUCUUCAGGUGGAAAAACCACAACCGGGCGGUCAGAUUAACAAUAAACAGUAUGACUAUAUUAAACACUUUGCUCCAGCUGCUCUUAAGUUACAGCCAGUCAUUUCAUGGAAGUAUGUAAAUACUGUAUAAAUACAUUUUUGAAAUGCUUACUAGGCGACUGCACUAGAGCGAAUAUAAUAAACUGGUUCAAGUUUAAGCUCAGAUAUGUAGAAGACUACAAUGUAUGUUGUAGAUGAGACCUGAAUGUACAUCCACAUAUUAGUGUUGUAUAAUAUACAUUUAUUUCAGCAGUAGGUUAGGAAAAUAAAGUCAUGCAAUAUAACCCAGUGCUUAUGCCACCUAACAUCUGACUAAGUAAUGCUUGCUUUGCUUUAGUCUUUUAAUGUUUAUGAAUGUUCAAGUUCUAUUGCAGUUGCUCACAAGCUAUCGGCCCCUUGAUUUGUUUGCAGUUUAGAGAGAUGUAUCUACAAAAUAAUCCCUUAAUUAUGUUUAUAUGGUUCGAUAAUUAUUCAUCACCUUUGUCCACCUGCUGAGCUGCCAAAUCCUGCUGUUGUAACAGAGCAAACAUGAUGAAUGACAGCGUCUACAGCCCUUCAUUAAAAACAUAUUUACAUUAAAUACAAAAUAAAUGGAUUUGGGAAGCAUUAACCCAGCAGAGAGGAUGUUUAAAAAAAAAAAAUGUGGUCAUCAUAAUUGAGGUUUCAUACCGCCCAACAUUACUACAAACAAAAAAAAAGUAAACAGGUUUUUGAGCCAAUGUCUAGAAAAUAUA